CACGACUUCCUGUCAUGCCCCCAGAAUGCUUGUGAUGCCCUCACCUACAUGGCAGACAAGGCUUGAAAUUUGCAAGAUAAACAAACAUUUGUGGAGUAGACAGGAGUCAGCGACAUGGCGGAGAGAAUGGCAGAGAUGGAGGAAGAAGUGGGAGAUCUGCCGGCCAGAGAGGACGACAACGACUCGGACAGAGAUGAAGAAGACAGACUGUUUGUCUGGAUGGUGAAUAACGAGAUGGACGAGGAAGAAGAAGAAGAGGAGGAAGACGAGGAGGAAGUGGAAGAUGAGCAGCCACUGGACACUGAAUCGUCUGAAUCAUAUGAGUUGGACUCUCCGGCUGAGCGCAGCGGACACAUAGCAGUGGUGGAUCGAAACAUCAUGUAUGUGUGGGGUGGAUACAAGAAUGCUCAAACCCAUGGAUUCUUUGACUUGUAUCUGCCAAGGAAUGAGGUCUGGACAUACAACAUGGAGUCAGGAGUGUGGACAAAGCAUGUAGCCAUAGGAAACCUGCACACGUCGAUGUCGGGCAGCUGCGGGGUGUGCGUUGAUGGCGUUCUCUAUCUUUUCGGAGGUCAUCACGCCAGAGGAAACACAAACAGGAUCUACCGCCUGCCUCUGAGAGCUCCCAGCCUUGUUUGGGAGGAAAUGAGGGAUCUUAAAGGGAUUCCUCCAACAUGUAAGGACAAGCUCGGGUGCUGGGUUCACAAGAAUAGAUUAAUAUUCUUUGGAGGCUAUGGCUAUGCUGCACAGGGGUCUCAUCGGGGGAACUUUGAAUACGACGAAUCAUCUUCAUUUGUGUGGGACAGCCCCGGCCGAGGUUGGAACAACCACAUUCACAUCCUAGACCUAGAGACAUCCACAUGGAGCCAGCCCAUCACCACGGGAGAAUCCCCGUCGCCCAGAGCAGCUCAUGCUUGUGCCACAGUUGGCAACAGAGGCUACGUGUUUGGCGGACGAUACAAAAACUACCGGCUGAAUGACCUGUACUACAUUGACUUGGACACAUGGGAGUGGCAUGAAUUGAUCGUUCCCCAGCAGGGCCCAGUGGGCCGGUCUUGGCACUCCUUCACUCCUGUAUCAUCAGAUCACAUCUUCCUAUUUGGAGGCUUCACUACAGAGAGACAGACACUGAGUGACGCCUGGCUGUACUGCGUGAGCAAAAAUGAGUGGAAGCCCUUCAAACACAGCCACACAGGGAGCCCCAGGCUGUGGCACACAGCGUGUUCUGGUCCUGACGGAGAGGUGUUUGUGUUCGGAGGAUGUGCCAACAACCUGCUGUCUCAACUGAGAGCCGCUCACAGCAAUGAGCUCCUGGUUUUCAAUGUUCAGCCCAAAUCAUUAGUAGGCUUCUGCAUGGACGCCAUCCUGCAGCACAGGGAGCGUCUGUCCGGCUGCUGGGAGUGUUUGCCCAAACACCUCCUGCACAGCCUCAAGCAGAGAAUGGCGCUUGGAAACACGCUGGGCUCAUAGGUUCAGGGCAGGCCUGCGCUCCGGCUCGGAGGAUUACUGGACUGCAGGUCUGGAUGGAGCAGAUCAGUGUUUUUCAGGAAGGUUGUCUAUUUACAGCAGAAAUAUAUGGGGGCACUUGCGCACAGGAAUAAAUCUCUUUAAGCAAUAGCGACAGUUCUGGAUUUGUUGAAACCGUGUCCCGACUGAUCCUCAAAGCUGUUUAUCACCUUUUAUUUUUUUCCUCGAGUCCAGCAGAGCCCUCAGUGAUUUAGCUUUGAUAUUGAUGCUCAGCUUGUUGUUCAACACCAAUUUUAUCUGUUCUAAUAAUUUCUGCAAGUACUUGAUUUUUUUUUUUUUUUUUUUUUUGGCUCAAAACACUGAAACAAGACGGCGCGGUACUGCUAAUAUCCUUUAAAAUGUUAUUUGCUUUUUGCAGAUCCAUCUACAAUGUGUAAUGAUUUGUAAUGUUUUUAAUUGCAACAUUCAUCAUUUUCUCUUUUGUUAUAUUACAUUUUUUAUGUGAGAUAUCAGAAAUCCGGAGAACUUCUGUUAUAAGAAAGCAUCACUUUCAUUUGGUUUUUUUGGGGGUUUUUUUUGGGAGAAGGCCGCUAAAAAUGUCUGCUUGAUAGACGUGGAUAUAAAUAUUGGAAAGCCAGCAAGACUAAUGCACUUAUUCCAGCAUUUUAAUA